CUUCCCUUUGCCAACGCUUCAUUGAUCUCUCUCUCUCUCUCUCUCUCUCUCAUUCACACUCGCUCUGCUCUCUCGCUCUUUUUAUCUCUCUCUUCCGCUCUCCGUGAUGACGACGAUUGAUUCCGGUGAAUGUAUUGGGUCGGAGAAAACUUCAGUUACUCGGGAUGAAUCUGCAGAAGACUCGCUAAAGAUCGAUUCUUUACCGCUAGUAAAGAACGAAGACUCUGUUGAAGAGAUGAUAAGCCCAAAGAAGCAAGUAAAGUCUUCGCCUUUUACUUCUCUUUCCGAGAAAGAUGGAGAAAUCAUCCAUUCGGAUUCUAUUGAAGUUUCUUUCUCCGAAACGAGUCUUGAAGUAACCGAGGCGAUGGAUGUGGACUGUCCUGGAGUCGUCGUCUCUGGAGGCGAUGAAACUGGUUCGACGUUUCUUGAAGAGAAUAAGGUUGGUGAGGAACUGAAACAGAGUAAGGAAGUAUCUGAGAUUUCCACAAAAGGCGCUCAAUUUGGAGAUGAUGUGCGCAAGAUUGAAGAUGUUGUUGAGACUGAUGGGUGCGUUGUUGCUAUCUCUGAUGUGAAAGAAAGUUCGAACUCUGAGAAGAAGAAGAAGAAGGGACAAGAUUCUGAUGUUCAGAUGCUUUUGGAAGCUGAGAAGAGAAGAUUGUUGGCUGAAAUUGAAGGUGGGACAAUUUUCAACAACAAGGUUGAUGUGGACACGCUCGCUAGGGCUUCUGAGGUUCCUAAGAUCGAGAAGAAUGGGAAGGGCUCUAAAGAAAAGCAUGAGAAGGUGGAACGAGUGAGGGUUAAGGAUAAUGCUUUUGUUGGGAGAUCUGUGAAUAUCGAUUUGGUUGAUGAUACUGCGUUGUUUGAUGUUGUUCCUUUCUACAAGAAAGGUAAAGAUCAUCCUAAAAGACCAGGAACUGAUAAGGAUGCACCAAGAAAGCAUAAGAAGGUUGCAGGGGAGAAACCAAUUGAAAAGGGAAAUGCUUCAACCAAAGUUUCUGACUUUCUUAACCGUGGAGAUUUGAAUGGGAAGCAGUCGCGCAUUAUGUACUCUAGGAAGCAAAUGGAGUCGAUGAGGUAUGCCCACAUUGCGGAUCAGAAGAAACUGUGGAGUGACAUGUAUGCUAGGCUCCUACCUGAGCUGUUGACUGAGUACGAAGGUUUAGUUUAUUUGAAGAAUUACAAGAGUUCAAAGUCUAAUCCGAGGGAGAGUGGCAUCAGUAUCCUCGGCACCAAAGAAGGAAUGGAAGACGUGACUCUUGAAGAAGAUUCUGUUGUGAAAGAGACUGAAGAUAAUGACGAUUACAGUAGCAUUUUGAGGCCUGCGUUUGCGGUGGAUGGAGAACCUGAUUUUGAUUCUGGACCACCAGAAGACGGGUUUGAAUAUUUAAGACGAGUCAGGUGGGAGGCUAAGCGAAUUCCAAACGUAAAAGUCGCCGAGAUCGAUGGAAGCAAAUACAUACAGAAAGAGCAGAGUGUUUACAUGCCACAAAUUCCUGAAAUCAGCAAAUGCCCAGAGCACCUUUUGCCAGUGAAGGAAUGGGAGGACUUGUUGCUUUCCGACUUCUCACACCUUCGCCGGGCUUUAUUGCAAACUGGCAACACAUGCGAGGAUGAGGUGAUGUCGUCGAGUCAGUAUUUAGAUGAGGUGCUUAUGGAGAUAUUCAAAAAGCGUCUCAACACAGACAGUGAUGAGUCACUUGGUGGGGUGGUUUCAGAGAUAGAGGGAAUGGACUCAGUGACACGGGUAUCAAAGCUGAGAAAGCAGAUAUGUUUGGUUGAGAAAGAGAGCGGAUUGAAGAGUAGUGACUGCAAAUGGGUAUUAGCAUUAUGUGCAUCAGUGGACACUCCUUUGGAUGCUGAUACUUGUGCUUGUCUCAGAGCUCUUGUGAGAAAGUGUGCGAGUCUUCGUGCAUUGGAGGUUGUAGACGAACAAGUCAUCACCAUGGCAAAUAUGCUCAUUACGAUCGCAGGCAGAUAUUUUGGCCAAAUGGAAUAAGAGAAGAAGUGAGUUUAUAAGCAAUGCUUUCUUACUUUGAAAUAUGUCAUUGUUGAAGAAAAUUAAAAAAAAAAAAUUACUUUUACCUGCUUUGGUUUUUGUAUCCAUUAUUUAAGUUUCAAAAUCUUACU